UGCUACUAGUGGAAGUUGGUAAUAAUAAGCUACUGGUAUGGUCAUGGCUGCAGAAGAUGAAGUGGUGGCUAGGAAGUCUAAGAAAAGGAAAGAGAGAAACAAUGAUAUGUUAGCUGCCAAUCCUGUUCAUAUUGUGAAUGAUGUGGGAGUUGAGGGAGAUAAAAGCUUCGAGGAAGAAAAUUUGAUGAAAAAGAAGAGUGAUAAUGAAGGUGUUGAAAGGAUGAAGAAAAAGAAGAAAAGUGCAGGAGAUAAAAAAGGGGGAGCACUUAUGGAGGAUACUAAUGGGAUUACUGUUGAGAAAGCAAAAAAGAGGAAAAGGAAAAGAGAGGUUGAAAGCAAUAACAAUGAGUUACAUGAUGUGUCCCAAGAUACUGCAAAUGAUGUUUCUGUAGACAAUGGAGGUUAUGUAAAUUCAACUGCAACUGAGAUACAUGAAAGCAAAAAGAAACACAAAAAGAAGGCAGGAAAACUCUCUGAUGGUUGCACUGAGGGUGAAGUGGAGAAGGUUAAAAGGAAGAAGAAAAAGAACAAGAAGAAAAAGGGGGAGGAUGACCAAGAUCUGGCUAUAGGUCUUGCAUGUACUGAUGGCAUUGCAGAUUUUAGUGUAAAUGAAACACAAGCUAGUGGGGUGGGAAAUGAUAAUAAUAGCGAGAACCAGGGCAAAGAUAGUUCUAAAGAUCCAAAACUGAAAAGUAGCAAGAAGAAAGUGAGAUUUUCCAAUGAGUUGGAGGUAUUUCCCGAGUCUAAUGUUCGUGAGAGUGGGAAUGAUGAAAAUGAAGAAGUGGAGUUGAUUCGAGGUAAGCGGUUCACUAAAAUAGAAGAUGAGAAAAUUAAAGAAGCCAUUUAUAAGUACAUAGAGGUACAUCAUUUGGGUGAGGAAGGUUUGAAUAUGGUUUUAAAUAGUAGAUCUCACCCUGAAGUAAAAAACUGUUGGAAGGAAAUAGGAGCUGCCAUACCAAAUAGGCCUCACAUUGCAGUCUAUUAUCGUGCUCAAAUAAUAUUUCGAAGAGCUGAAAACCCUAAAUGGACUGAAGAAGAAAAAGCUUUGGUACUGCAGCACGUGAAAUUACAUGGGAAUGAGUGGAAAUCACUUGCUGAGGAACUUGGCAGACACAGGUUUCAUGUGAAGGAUACAUGGCGCAGGAUAAAAUUACCUAAGAUGAAGACAGGACAUUGGUCUCAGGAUGAGUACCAGAACUUAUUUGAUUUAGUCAACACUGAUCUGCAAGUGAGGGUCACUGAAGAGAAGAAAUCCAAGCAUGGAAUGCUACGGGAUAACAUCUGUUGGACAGCAAUUAGUGAUAAAUUGUCCACACGUAAUGGUCCAAAUUGUUGUCUGAAGUGGUACAAGCAGUUGACAUCACCUAUGGUAGCUGAAGGUCUAUGGUCUGAUUCUGAUGAUUAUCGCCUAAUUGGUGCACUUUAUAACUUGGAUGAAACCUGCAAAGAAAAUGUGGACUGGGAUAAUCUUGUGGAACAUAGGUCCGGAGAGAUAUGUCUUAAGCGCCGGAGGCAAAUGGUUCUUCACAUAGGGAACCAUGGGAGCAAACCCUUUUCAGAACAAGUUGAAGUCCUAGCCAAAAGAUACUGUCCUUCCUUAAUUGAAGCAAGGGAGACUUGGGAUAGCAAGCCUCUUGUACCAUGAUGAUCUGAAAUGCAUGCAAAGUUAUUUACCAUGAAAAGUCUGGGAAAA